AUUUAUUUUCUUAUAAAAUAUAAAAAGAUUGUCACUCUCUCGUCUCUCCAUUAUCCAUCGAGAAAAUCUCAAUCUUAUCUAUGAAGUCCUAACCAUGUUGACUUGUAGACCGAUAUUCAUACAGCACACGUGAGGGGUAGAAGCGUCAUUCCACACAUCCGCACAGUAUAUAUAUAAACCCCCAGGCAGCCCACUCUUCAACGUGCAUGACAUUGCAGUGAAGAAAAAACACACUCACAUGCAAAACUGUCAGACUGAGAGAGAAACUGAUUUCUAGAGAGAGAAACAGAGAAGUGUGAGGAGAGAGAAACAAUCGCAAAAACCGCAGUCUCAUCAAUGGCCACCACCACCACCACCACCACCUUUCUGUACGCGUUAUCAGCAGUAGUAGUAAUAACACUCGUAUCUCUAACUUCUGUAUCUAAUGCCUGCCCGCCUUCCGACCGGGCAGCUCUACUGGCCUUCCGGGCAGCGCUGCAGGAGCCCUACUUGGGCAUCUUCGACUCGUGGAAGGGCUACGACUGCUGCCACAAGUGGUAUGGAGUGAGUUGCGACCAGGAGAGCCACCGAGUCGCCGACAUCAACCUCCGGGGCGAAUCGGAGGACCCGAUCUUCCGUAAGGCCCGCCGAACCGGGUACAUGACCGGUUCGAUUUCCCCGGCCGUCUGCCAACUCGAGCGGCUUUCCAGCUUCACCAUCGCCGAUUGGAAGGGCAUCUCCGGUCCGAUCCCUCCGUGCAUCGCUUCGCUGCCGUACCUUCGAAUCCUCGACCUGAUCGGGAACAAGCUCACCGGCGAACUUCCGGCGGAUAUCGGCCGACUGAGUCGACUCACCGUGUUGAACGUGGCGGAUAACCAGCUCUCCGGCACCAUUCCCCGCUCGCUGACCAACCUGUCCUCGCUGAUGCAUUUGGACAUCAGAGGAAACCGAAUUUCCGGCACCAUCCCCAGAAAUUUCGGGAAGCUGAGGAUGCUGAGCCGCGCCUUACUCAGUAAGAACGAGUUGAACGGGUUGAUCCCGGAGUCGAUCUCGUACAUCUACCGCCUCUCCGAUCUGGAUCUCUCCCUGAACCGGCUGUCCGGCCCGAUUCCGGCUUCCCUCGGUAAAAUGGCGGUUCUCGCCACGCUGAAUCUCGACGGCAACCAGAUCGCCGGCCAGAUUCCACCGACGCUGAUCAGCUCCGGCAUAAGCAUACUGAAUUUGAGCAGAAACUUCAUCGAAGGCUACAUACCAGAUUCGUUCGGACCGAGAUCUUACUUCACGGUGAUGGAUUUAUCGUACAACAAAUUGAAAGGCAGAAUUCCAAAGUCGAUUUCGUCGGCGACGUACAUCGGACACCUCGACGUCAGCCAUAACCAUCUGUGUGGACCCAUUCCGGCCGGAUCCCCUUUCGAUCAUCUUGAAGCGUCGUCGUUUGAGUCCAACGAUUGCCUAUGCGGGAAGCCACUUCGACCUUGUUAAUUAGGUAUAUAAUAUAUAGUUUCCGAUUAUUAUUAUUAUUAUUAUUAUUAUUAUUUACUAUUUCAUAUUUUCCCGGGUCAUAUAAUUUGCUUCGAUAAUGAUCGAAUCUAUGCUGUAUUUGGUGAAGCGUACAUCGGGUGAAGAUUUGUUGUUCAUCAUCUACACGCAUCAAAAUGGAUGUGUGGGUGUGUUAAUAAAUUGUAAUAGUACUGUCGAUGACUCGAUGCCGAUGUAUUUCACCAAAAUAUAGCAUAGAAAUAGAUAUGUCUAUGUAACUAUAGUAAUUAAUCAUAUUAUUAGUUCUUUAAUUGGAGUUUGAGCUUUGAACUAGCAUUCUUUUUCCAUGUUUGGUGGGAAAUGGGAAAAUGUUUUCAUGUGUAUUAUAAUAUGGUUUUUUUUUUAAA